AACAUUCCAAAUACAUGUUAGCAGAAGCAAUAACAAUACAACAUCCUUAGCUGUUCAGUGGAUAGACCUAACUCAGAGUCCUACACCACAUCAACAUUAUCCCUAAUGGAAUCAAUUAAGUCAUAAGCCAUCCCCAAACUGGAGCAAGGAGAAAGUACAUGUACAUGAGCACCUUGCAACAAUUCGGUGAUGAUGAAUACCACAAGAUAUCACAUGUCGUUUUGAGGGCUGAAUAACCAGCGCUUCACCUGGAGAAAGGCUUGCUCUUGCUGCUGGACCCUAGUACAGAGGUGCCUGCAGGCCCACGUUGGGGGCUCUCCCGUAGCCAGUUGGCAGGAGGCAGCUUCAGAUCAGUCUUCUCCUGUAGUAGUGCAUAGGUGGUUGGUUGAGGGGCAGCAGAGCACUUCACUGCACGGUUCUUUAUUUCGUUGUUGCCCUAGGCACAUCUCCCGACUCCUUUGACACAUGUAAACAAAGGUGGCAUUGAUGGUAAACUGAGUUCACUUGUCUGUUUAGUCACUGACAACUUGAUUCAAUAUAACAAGUAAAUAGUUAAAUUAUUGUGUAGAUAUUGUGAUGUUAGCUACAACUAAAUACAUUUAAAUAUCCUAUGUACAGUAUGUACAGUUAACUGUCCUGUGCAACGUCAUGAAAUAACGUGACCCUGAAAUGCAUGCAUUAACAGAUCGCUAACUGCAGUUCAAAGCUAGCUAGCUAUUGCUUACUUGCCUGCCACUGUCGCCCCCACUGUCAUCCACUUUUUCACUUCCACGGUCUGGAGGGACGCCAUCCUCUCGGUUCCCAAUCCCAGCUGUUGCUGAACUCAUGUUCUAUCUACAAGCUAGCUCCUGGCCACACAAACGAAUGCUGUCCAAGGGGUACCCGUUCAUAGCAAACUAACUGCCUUAAAAUGUCAACAACAAUUGCCUUGUCACAAGAUUGCUGCUAACUCACCACCUGCUGCUAGUAGCUAGCUAACAUAACUUUACACACCAAACGACAUAACGUUAUUUGUUCAUGAUCAGAACGAUAUAAAAAUUAGCUAACAAAUUGAGUUACUGCUUUUACAUUUAAUCUAUCACUGUUUUGCAGAACCUUCCAGACGGAAUGAACAACACCACUUGCUUUAGACGUUCUGUCAGCUGCUGUUGACAGACCACGCGUUAUUGUAAAGCGAGAGAGCUCACAACUUCCGGGUAAAAAAAAAGCUAAAUAAAAGACCGCAUUUUCAUGAUUAUGAAUUGAGCCAAACUCCAAAUUAAACUAUGAAGGGUAAGUGGCUUUUAUUAUAAUACAACAGGAUGUGGUAGCUAGCUGUUACAUAACUGAUAUAAUUGGACUUGGGCAAAGGCGACAAAAACAUUUAAAAGAAGAGAGGUUAGGGUUGGACUUUUAGUUUGAUAUAAGCAGUCGGUUGUGAUGUACAGUGAGGGUUUUCAGUUGCUGCUAACUUCACAUGUUCAAUUAUGCCCUGGAUAUGACACUUCAAUCUGGAAGUUAACUUCCAGUGAGUUUACAAAAAAAGGAUACAAUAAAUGACAUUUUCUGGAUAAUUUCUAUUCAUUCUCUUAUGUUCUGAUUCUUUAUUUUUCUAUUCUUUACCCUAAUUCCUUAUCUUUAGCUACAUGUAUUAUUUCUUUAUUUGCAUAUUCCUUUUCCCAGAGUUCCCUUUCCUUCAGUUUUAUAAUUGGAAGGUUUAAUAAAACUGCCUUCAAAUGAAAUAGAAAACGGGGAAUAAGGCGGGCUGAAUUGUGAUGUAACAAACAGAAAUAAAAUACACUUGUUUUUUUCAAAUGGAAUACAAAUUAUUUGUGAUUAGUAUGUUAUUAUAGUUACUGUUGUUUGCAUUCUUAGUGAGAAGAAUGUGAGAAGAAAAGGUAUUAUAAACCCUGUCCAGGUGGUCAUAUUUGUGCUGUCUUUACAAAGUUUCAACCUUGUUAAAAUGACAAAAGGUGGUAAGAAAUACUCAUCAAUGGAAAAGGAUGGCAAAUGGGUAAGAUUCUGAUUACUUUAAAUCUUUCACUAUUAGCUUAUGAUGAGCCCAUUAUAAUUGCACUCAACUUUGCAAAUACUGAAAAAUAAAGUUAUUAUAAAGACACCCCUGUACCUUUUCCUAACAACUUCAUGUCUUUCAAAAUGUGCAGUUGGCUCAUGCAGGUUUACCAGCAAAUGACACCAGUAAACGGGAGACGUGCACCAGCACAGGGUAUAUGAUGUCUCAGAGUGAACCACUACCUCCAGCAUCGAGCACAGAGAAGUAUCCCAAGAUCUUCAUCAACACAGAACAGAAAACCAUGGGAAGAGUCUAUCCAUUCUCAGCCCAUGAUAACCAAGCUGCACUGCAAGAUACCAUCACUGUAUUUGAUGAUGGAUUAGGCCGCAAGAAGUGCCUGGACGAGCGUAGACAACACAACUCCCACUUUUGCCUGUGCCACCAUGGAAGUGUGAGUGGCGUGGGGGAGACGAGGGGAGACUUCUCAGCCUAUCAGAUAGACUACCAGGACCGCCAGGACACAGAGCACUCCUCCACCAGCAGGCGUUUUCCCAGUAACCAUCUUGAUAGGUCCACUGUGGCAGCUGCUGCCCAGGCAGGAGAGCACUUUAUGUGGUUCGGGAGGCAUGAUGAGGACCGUCCUGUGCCCCUUGAAGUGCUGGCAGCUACCAACUGCUCCUCCUCAUCCAAGCCGUCCAGACACUCCUACCAUAUCAGGCAUUAGAUGAAUACACCAUAUUACCCAAAUACUCUUCUUUAGGACAUCACAAAGCAACACAUCUUGAUAGUUCUCCAAGUGCAAAUAAAAAAAUAUGAAACAUUGA